ACGCUGCUGAAUGCUUCCGCCAGCUGGCCGCGUCACAGUCCACUUCCACACAUGCACACUGGUCACGGAGCCACAGCCCACAAGGAGGGGGAAGUAUCGCCUGGCGUGUGAUUAACGUUUACCUCAAGCAUGGCAUUUGGUGUGUAUAGUUUGCUGGAGGCCGCCGUGCUGUGCCUCAAUGCAGUGUGCGUCUUAAACGAGGAAAGAUUUUUAUCUAAAUUGCCUGGAUGGGGAGGUUCACAUGUCCAAGGCUUUGGAGAAGAACCAGGCAUAAAAACUCAAAUCUUUCAUUUCAUUCGCUCUGUCAAGACAGUAAUGAAGUAUCCCCUGAUUCCUCUGAACAUCUGUAUCAUUCUUUUCAAACUUAUUUUUGGAUGAUAAUUGUCAAUAAUCUUUUCUAAAAUAUAAAAAAUAAAAUAAUGAUGUUUAUGGAAAGUGUUUGUAGCUUUGCUUUUAGCAAGAAAAUUUUUAAAAUAUACAUUUUAUAAUAAAGAAUAUGAUACGCUA